GGGCGGGAGGGGCAGGUGCGAGCAGAAGAUGGCGUUCCCCGGGCAGCCGGCGCCCGGCGGCGGUUACUAUCAGGGCGGGUAUGGAGCAGCUCCAGGAGGCCCAUCAUUCCCUGGACAGGCUCAGGAUCCUCUGUAUGGUUAUUUUGCUGCAGUAGCCGGACAGGAUGGACAAAUAGAUGCUGAUGAGCUACAGAGAUGUCUCACCCAGUCAGGGAUUGCAGGAGCCUAUAAACCUUUCAACUUGGAGACAUGCAGACUCAUGAUCUCAAUGCUGGACAGGGAUAUGUCUGGCACACUGGGAUUUCAUGAGUUUAAGGAACUGUGGGCUGUGGUCAAUGGCUGGAAGCAACACUUUGUAAAUUUUGACAGUGAUAGAAGUGGCGCGGUGGAUCGCCAAGAACUGGAGAAAGCCUUGGCAAAUAUGGGAUUUAGAUUGAGCCCGCAGGCAGUGUCUGCCAUCACCAGGCGAUACAGCACUCAUGGAAAGAUUACAUUUGAUGAUUACAUCGCCUGCUGUGUGAAACUCAGAGCUCUCACUGAAUGUUUUAGAAGAAGAGACGCAUCUCAGCAGGGUUUUGUGAAUUUCCAGUACGAUGAUUUCAUACAGUGUGUUAUGAGCAUCUAAAUCAAAAGGGAAGGUGUGGACGAUCACAGUUAUCAUUCCAGUUCGUGCUUUGCUUUGCCAAAUCAUUGCAUGAUUGCGUGCCUCAGUAUUGGAAAUUAUGCAUUUUCUGAAGGUAUUGCUUGACACACUUGUUCAGUUUUGAUAAUGAAUAUAAACUAAUCAUGCACUGUCAUGUAACUUUCAACCUGUGACUAUUAAAGAUUUUCUAUUUUCAUGAACUUCUAUGGCACAAUGUGUAACAAAGAUUAUGUACAUAUUAUGUUUUUCUGUGUUUACUUUUUUUCCUGUGAUUCACUAAAAAAUGUUCCUGGAGUGAAAGCUACCACCCUCUGUCUUCAACAACAUCAUGCAGAUGGCAUAAGAGAAUAUUAUUUUGUCUUUGACAAUGCAAGAUACAUAAAAACUGAAAGAGAUAGCUUUGGAAUGAUCGUCUCGUCUGGUAGAGCAUCAGUAAAAUUUAAGGUGCUUGUGUUGACAGCUGGGCGUUUUUAAGAUGAGAUCAUUGACAUCAUGCACUGAGUGUAAGACUGCCUGUUACAGCUCCUCGUAAACAGCAAUGAUUAUUUCAUUAUAACAUAGCAGAGAACUCUUUUGAUAGCGUGCCCUUGUAUAGGGGGCAUUUGUUUCAGUAAGAUUCUUGCUCAGUGUCGCUACAUAAAACAUUUUAAAACAAAUAAGUGUGCUGUGUCAGUUUAUACAUUACCUUUAACUAAGAACUUAAAGUUGCCAGACUGCAGUGACGUCACUGUUUUUCUGUCCUUCUCUUUAAACCCUAGCAAGUACGUUCCUGUCAUUAUAUGCUAACUAGCAUACAAAGUCUAAAACCACUCCCAUAUCUCUCAGAUGGAGUUUCUUCAUAAAAACCUUUAUUUUUCAUUAUAACAGUGCUGUGUUUUAGAUCUGUGACUCAAAUGGUGUUAGUAUUGCCCUGGUGUUUUAUCUGUUGCUGAGUAGGGCAUGCACAGCUUCAGGGCCGCCUCUCCUGCUCACCCCACAACUCCCCAUAAAGAUCAAUAAAGGUGUGUCUGUCAAGCCUG